GUUUACAUUUUGACAGCGAGAAAAUAUUUUUUUGAUCCAGAUGGACAGAAGAUCAUUUAUGGCUCAUAGGAAUACCUUCAGGACUUUCAGCAGCGCCACACUGGAGCACUAAUGAGCAGGCUGAGAGCAACCCAACACAGAUCUCCCAUCAGCUGAGGAGCAGCAGCAACUCUCACAGAAUCUGAAGCAACGAGACAGAGGACUGAUCUGCAGUCAGCGAGGAAGCAGCUGUAAAAAAAAAAAAAAAAAAAGAAAAAAAAUCAAAUGACAGCCCUGGGAGAGGCGUAGGAGAGGUCGUGAGGUGGCUUCAAAGGCAAAUUAGCAGUCAGUUGAGAGAGUGAGAGGAGAGGAUUGCUCCAGUGCAACUGUCGACCUUCUCCACACUUGGAGGCUGACCCCCGGUACACUUUCUCUUUCUGAAGAAGAAGGACCUGUCCCCUCCCCGAGGAGCUCAGCCAUGGAGGAGACGCUCACCUGCAGCCGAAGCCCUUUCUCUCAGGUGUUUGGCCGCCAGGGUCAGCUCAUGCAAGCCACUGUGCAGUCACUGAACAGCCUGAAUGACCAGAUUGCGAGCUUCAUAGUGACUGGACCCAAGUCCCUGGAGCAGGAGGAGCAUGCCUUUCUUCCCCCUGAGAAGGAGACUCUGCAGAAGUCCAUGACCCUGAUGAGGCACCUCCUCGUGGAUGCUCAGGCAAAAAUCCUGAAAAUGAUGGAUGACAAUAAGCAGUUGGCCCAGCGCAUCGAUGGGGCCAUUCAGUCGGCCAGCCAGGAGGUGACCAACCUGCGGUCAGAGCUGAGCGCCACCAGCCGCAGACUGGCCGAGCUGGGGGCUACCGACUCCUCUGCCAGCAUGCUUGAGACCCUGCAGCACAACCACAACGAUCCCUCUCCCCACCCGAGACAGAAGCCACCGGCUGCUGACCUCAGCUACAAGACUGAAAUCAGCAGUCUCAUGGACUUCAACUCUCCAGACGCGUCCCUGGACAAAGUCCUGCUGCGUGAGGAGGUGGCCCAGCUCCAGGAGGAGGUGCACCUGCUCCGGCAGAUGAAGGACAUGUUGAGUAAGGACCUGGAGGAGACCCAGGGAGGCUGCUCGGCCGACGUGCUCUCUGCCACUGAGCUCCGCGUGCAGCUGGCUCAGAAGGAGCAGGAGCUCGACCGAGCCAAGGAGGCUCUACAAGCCAUGAAGUCGGACCGUAAGCGUCUGAAGGCGGAGAAAGCAGACCUGGUGAACCAGAUGCAGCAGCUUUAUGCCACACUGGAGAGCCGGGAGGAGCAGCUCCGCGACUUCAUACGCAACUAUGAGCAACACAGAAAAGAGAGCGAGGAUGCGGUGAAGGCACUGGCCAAGGAGAAGGACCUGCUGGAGAGAGAGAAGUGGGACCUGCGACGGCAGACCAAGGAAGCCACUGAGCAUACGGGGAUGCUGCGCUCUCAGCUUGACCUCAAGGAGAACCGCAUCAAGGAGCUGGAAGCUGAAUUGGCCAUGAUGAGUAACUGUGUCAAUCAGAGAAUGGAGUUCCGGGUGUUUGAGCGGCUUGGGGAAAGGGACUACUCACCUAGGGUCAUGGCGGCCAAACAGUCACUAGCUACCCUGACCAAGGACGUGCCCAAGCGUCACUCUCUGGCCAUGCCCACGGAGACGGUUGUCAACGGCAACAACCAGGAGUGGGUGAUGCAGGCUGACCUUCCCCUGACUGCUGCCAUCAGACAGAGUCAGCAGACUCUCUAUGUCCACACAGGGCAUCCCACUGACAGACAAGUGGCUGCGGUGCGGGUGAGCCCAUGCCACUCGCGUCAGCCCUCCAUCAUCUCCGACGCCUCGGCGGUGGAGGGAGACCGGUCAUCCACACCCAGCGACAUCAACUCACCACGCCAUCGGACUCACUCCCUCUGCAAUUCCCUAGAAGAUCUGGAGGAGGCGAAGCGUAAGAAGAAGAAAGAGAAGAUGGGUCUGGGCUCUCUGUCGCGUGUCUUCGCCCGGGGAAAGCAACGCAAGUCCCUCGACCCUGGUUUGUUUGAUGACUCAGAUAGCCUAUCCAGCCCCACUCGCCACAGCCUGUCAGAUGGGUCAGAGGACCAGCUGGACCGCCUCCAGCAGGUGGAGCUGGCCAGGACUACACCCAUGUCUCAGUGGAGGGCAGGCACUGUGCAGGCCUGGCUAGAGGUUGUCAUGGCAAUGCCCAUGUACAUCCGCACCUGCUCAGAAAACGUCAAGAGUGGCAAGGUCUUACUGGGGCUGACAGAUGAAGACCUGGAGCUGGGUUUAGGUGUCAGCAGUUUAAUGCAUCGCCGAAAACUCCGCCUAGCCAUCGAGGAUUACAGGGAUGCUGAGAACGGGAGAGGGCUGUCCAAGGCUGCAGAUAUGGACCACCACUGGGUGGCCAAGGCCUGGCUAAGUGACGUUGGCUUGCCUCAGUACUCCCAGGCCUUUCACACUCACUUGGUAGACGGGCGCAUGCUGAACUCUCUCACACGUCGUGAUCUUGAACGUCACCUUAACGUCACCAAGAAGUUCCACCAGGUCAGCUUGCUGCUGGGCAUUGAACUGCUGCAGUUACUGAACUUUGACAAGGAGGCACUACAAGCUCGCCGGAUACAGUGUGAGCACCAGAACGUGGAUCCAUUGGUGUGGACUUCUCAUCGGGUCAUCAAAUGGAUCAAAGAUAUUGAUCUGAAGGAGUUUGCUGAAAGCCUUCUAAACAGUGGAGUUCAUGGAGCCGUCAUGGUGCUCGACCCCACAUUCAACACUGACACCAUGGCAACAGCACUGGGGAUCUCCAGCAGCAAGCACAUGGUCCGCCGACACCUUGUUGAGGAGAUGAAAACCCUGACUGGCCCCGCCAGGGCGGAUGCCAAACAGGACUAUGAGCGCUUAGGCCUGGGAACACCACCAACCCUGCUUCGUCAGAACUCCUUGGGCAGACCGCCCAGCUCUACUGGCCGACACACUGAUGACGAAGGCUCGCUGAGAAGGAGGGCCGUCAAGCCUCCAGCAGGAUUCAGCCCUAAAGCCCGCAGCGGGCGGGACUUGAGUUGUCACAGCAGCUACGGCUCUCUGCCCCGGGAAGUUCGAGACCAGACUCCGCCCAGGGCCGAGGGAAGUCCGAUCCGCGGCUUCACCAGCAUCGAGGUCACCAACGUGUGAAGUCAUCAGAGUGCAACAAUCACCAGACAUCAGCUUCAUCACAGCUUAAAGUACAUCAUGGACAUUUGUUUUCCAUAUACACUUGUACAUGGGGAUGGUUUGUUUUUCUAAAGAUGAGCCUUUAGAGGACAGAUUGCACUUUUUAAACAUUUAAAAGGAACAGGAUUCUUUUUUACAAGUUUCCUGGUUUAAGAAAAACUUUAUAAGACUCACUGUGGAUAGGUGGUAUUUAGAUUGUUCCCUAAACCCAGACUCAAGAGAUGAAGGACUCAAGCUAAAAUGAUUAUUUUUCUAUGUUUUGUGUGUAAAUGGUUCUUUGUGAACCAGGAUGUGACUGGGAAAUGUGUUUUUGUUGACUAGUUGCUAUUGACAGACAGGAAAAUGAGAUUUUAAAAAAAUAUAUGUUUGUAUGAUACAGGGUACUUGAAGACAAAACAGUUUAAUAUCAGUGUAAAUUGUUCUUGUUUCAUUCUGCUGUUUGUGAUGCCUUGUCAUUGUAGCUGAGGACAAUGGACAAAAAAAAAGACUUGAAUUGAAUUUUAACAUUUAGAGUAUACGAUGUUUGAUAGUCAUUUUUCAUUUUGCACAUUUACACGUUUGUGUCUAAACAAAUGUAGCACCCUCUUCUGAUGUUUUAUACUGUGCCGUAAACAUGGAAUAUUAUUUGAACAGUGCUAACAAAAGAUGACUGCCGAGAUGUACGUCCACGGAAGCCUCCGGGCUAAGAGGUGUGAGGAUGCAAUUAUGUGAAAGAAAGUGUUACUUUUAAUGAAAUAAAGAUGAUA